CUUAGAAGAACAUGUAGUUGAUUACUGCGAUAUACUGUGACGACUUGUUUUCGGAGCUUGAAGAAAUCUUCAAGUGCCAAUGGUGUCUCUGUAAUUACUUUGGUUGUUUGCAACAUCUUACCAGAUUCUGAUGAUGUUUGACCAUUGAACUGGUCUGGUGAAGAAGCGUAGCAAAAUGGUGUUGGUCUUAGCCCUAGGGGAUCUUCAUAUCCCUCACAGGGCACCUGAUCUGCCUGCGAAAUUCAAGUCUAUGCUUGUCCCCGGCAAAAUACAGCACAUAAUAUGCACUGGAAAUCUUUGUAUCAAAGAAGUCCAUGACUACUUGAAGAGUCUUUGCCCUGAUAUGCAUGUCACUCGAGGUGAAUAUGAUGAAGAUGCACGUUAUCCAGAGACAAAAACACUUACCAUUGGUCAAUUCAAGCUUGGGUUAUGUCAUGGUCAUCAGGUUAUCCCAUGGGGGGACCUGGAUUCUCUAGCCAUGCUCCAGAGGCAAUUGGAUGUGGACAUCCUCGUGACUGGUCAUACACAUCAGUUCAAGGCCUACAAACAUGAAGGUGGCGUUGUUAUAAACCCAGGAUCUGCAACUGGUGCCUACAGCAGCAUCACCUAUGAUGUCAACCCCAGCUUUGUUCUCAUGGACAUCGAUGGCCUUCGAGUUGUGGUCUAUGUUUAUGAGCUCAUUGAUGGAGAGGUGAAGGUUGACAAGAUUGACUUCAAAAAGACAGCGACAGCUCACUCUGCACACUGAAGGAAGCUCUUGGUGGUGGUACCAGGUGUUUGUUCUUCUGCAACUCUUUAGAGUAAUCCAAUCCAUGCAUUGUGUUAAUUUAGGGAUGUUGAACAAAGGUUUGUUGGUCAUAAAAAUUCAAUUGGAGAUCUCAGAUUUAUAGCUUUAUGCACUAAUAAUUGUUUCAGUGUAGGUCCUUGAUGUCAUGUUUGUGGUGUAUCAUGUAUGAGAGAUGUAAAAAUAUUGUUUUGCAAAUUUUUAUGGUACAUGAUUAACUUUGACUUGACCCAUGUACGUCAAUUCAAAAGGCAAAUUGAAAUGUCCACGUGGCAAGUAUUGUUCAUGAAA